UUUAAAUAAAUACUGCUUCUAAUUGACGUAAAUGAUAUUAAAAAUAUUGAGUUUUGGCAUUCAAAUCAGAAAACAUCAGAAGGAGUAUUCAGUAACAGGUUAAGAGAAUAAGUAUUUUAAGAAAAAAAUGGGUCUACUGUUCGGAUGUGGUCUGUGUUGUAUGUUAUUAAGCAUUUGGGCGAUUAUACAGUUGAUUGUAAUGGGAAUAUUCUUUAAAAUGGAAGUAUUGGCUUUUAUUGAAGAAACAGAGCCGCAUAACGAUGAAUACGAUGAUUUCGACGAUUUUAUGAAGAAAACUAAAGAAAACUACCAAAAAGUAGCUAUCAACUGUUGGGUCGCAGCGGCAUUAUAUGUUAUAACUUUAGGUUUAUCUUACUUGUGUAUAAAGAAAUCAAAGGCAAUUGACCAAAAAGCUGCCGAAAAAAUUAGAGAUGACGAAAUAUUUUGUAAGGAAAGAGCGAAGCGCAGAUAGAUAUAUCUUUUUAAUUAUUCAUAAACGUUUUUCAAACACUGAAAUGGUUAUGUAAACUCUAAGUAACAUUAUUAUUUUAUGACUUACUGAAUAAAUUGUAAUGUAUUA